AUGGACCUUCCCAAAAGCGAUGAAGCUAAUGAAUACAUCGCCGCCCAGGGACCCCUGCCCAACACCUGUAUCGAUUUCUGGCAGAUGUGUUGGGAGCAGAAUACGCGCGUCAUUGUGAUGCUGACCUCCGUCACGGAGCAUGGCAGGGAUAGGGAAAUAUUGACGUCCCCGCCUAGCAUGAAGUUGAUUCACUACCUCAUAAAGCGUCAACCGAAGUUCUGA